AUGAUUCCUCUUGGAGCAAUCAUUUUGAGGGAAUCACAGAAAGUCGAAGACGAUCAUUAUGCUAAACUAUAUACGCUCUUCAAGAGUUUUGUUUUCUUUGGUGGGGGAUACAUUUUUAAACUUGCGAUUGUUGUUCUUCUUUCUCCUCAAACCUCCAGUUUUUGGUCAAAGUUGAAUCAAAACAAACCAAAUCAACCCCGAUUUCUCCAAAGAUCAAACCCUGCUUUCGCAGUCUGA